UUAAUUAACAAACACAAAAAUGUCCUUACCAGACAUUAAACCACCUAUAUAAACACCAUUACAAUGAUCUGCUGCAACAGGGGUCCGCAAGUCAAUUCCUCAAAAAUUGAAUAUUGGGCCAAAACAUCACAUCUUAAUCAGGCAAACCCUCCCUUUUCUUACCAUCCUUUGUUCUAUUGUACAAACAUGGCAAAUUUAGGAGACGUGUUGGUUUAAAAAAAGUAACUUCAAUUUGCCACAGACUGUUACUCACGUCUUCUGCCCUUUGACUCAGUUUGUCUUUUUCUCAGAAUAAAAGGACCUGAAUUUGGCAUAAAAAAACUACCUGAAUCUGAUUUUUUAAUUAAUCUAUGGGCUGGAUAUCCAUGCUGGUGGGGCCAGUUUUGGACCACGGGCCACCAUUUGCUGACCAGCGUGCUACAAUAUAAGCGUAUGUAAUCACUUUUUCUCCUGUUUGUUUGCACUGUGACUUAUGUUUGUUUUAAUGUUUAUCCUUUGGGAUAUUUUACCAAGUUUCACUAGAAUUGUUGGUGUGAUUAAAAUGAAGGCCUUUUAUAGGAUUUUUAUUGUAUUGUUUAGUAAUUUAUACAGUAGUUGACCUUAUGUAAAUAACAGUAUAUGCAAUGAAACUACAUAAUGCAAGCGGUGGAUGCAAAGCUUCACAGAAAAAGGCAGAAGUGUUGAACCUCUCCAACAAACAUCCAGAGGUUUGGAAAAAUUGAAAUAUGCCACUAGAUGGCAACACUGAACUGUAUAUAAUAUAGUGUGACAAUGAUCCCAGACUCUGUUCUGCUUUGGUGUUUCCACAUUCGAACAACAUUUCAAUCCACACAUUCAAGAUUUCCUCUGUGCUAAUUCCUCUAAAAUGAGGUCAACCAGCCUAUGCUGGAAUAUUAGAAGAACGACACAAGAGACAGAAUAAUCUAAUUUGAGUCCCAUAAUUUAGCUGAGUUGUUUUCUUGCAGAAAUGACUCAUUGGACAUUUAAAUUAGGCGAUUAAAAACAGAAGGUAAUCUCAUAAAACAACAAUGAGGCCUAUUGACUCUUAUCCAAAGACCUUAGUGUAGUAUAAUCCACACAUAGUGUGUUUUAUAGUGAGCAUGUGAAGUUACAUCAGCUCUAAUAACUGCAACUUUGUGUUGACUUGUGUUGAUAAUGGAUCAUGAAUAAUAACAUCCCAACAACAGUUUAUAGCGUUGUUGUUGUUGCGUUGUUGUGAAUAUGGUGUGUCCCCAUUUUACCCGCGUCACCUGAAGGUCGCAGUCGACACAUGCUAAUUGAUGCUUCGUCGCCAUGGCAACGUUGUAGAAACACUGAAGGAGCUCUGCGUUUGUCGCGCCACAACUUUUUCCGCGAAACGUCGUCGCGAAACGUUACAGUUUGUGUGAGUAAACUUCACACAGCGAAGUGCGAGUAUGGAGGAAGUUGAUAUGGAUCCUGAAAAGGCGUCUGAACCUGAAAACGUCGAAGUUAAGAGCAGGGUUUUCACACUAGAGGAUGACAAAGACCCUGGUGUGGAGCUCAGUGGAGAGAUGUCAGAGAAACGGCUGCAGGAAAGGGAAAAGCAGAUCUCUCCUCGGAGGAUAACCAACCUUCAGAGACACUUGACAACAUUAGUCACCAACAUCCAGACUGCUGCUGACGCCAGAGAGUCAAUGCGAAGGAAGGAGCUGGAGGAGGCUCGCAAAAUGAGAUUGGAGCUGCUGGAAAAUGAUAUGAAAUCCAGCCAGGAAAAAUUUGAGGAGAUAACCAGAGGGUGGUCUUUGACUAAGGAGAAGGUGAGUGCUCAGGAGCUGCAGGAAGCUCUGAACAACCAGCAGCUGCUGCUCACUAGUCUGUUAGAAGACAAGAAGAAAGUCAUCGAUGAGCUACAACAGGAGCUGAAGCUUGGAGACGAUCACUUUGUGAAGGACCUCAAGAAGCAGGCAGAGGAGCGGGACCUGAUGCUGGAGAGGAUGGAGGACCAGAUCAAGACUUUGACCAAAGCCUACAGGGAAGAACUGGCCCAGACUCAGAGUGUUAAUCAGCGGGAAACCAAAGACCUACUUACUAACGACACGAGUGAUUGGGAACAACGCAUGAAGAAACUCUGGGACACAGAGCAAGCGAGGCUGGCACAGAGAAGGAAGACAGUGGAGGAGUAUGAGGCCAAAAUUCACAGCCUGAUAUUCGAGACUAUGGACAAGCAAACGGCGACCAAGAUCGAACAGAACGCCAAGUUGCAGGUUCUGGAGAGAGAGCAUCAGAAGACGUUGGCCUCCAUCAUCGUCGUUAGACUGAAUCAAAUUAAGGAGAAGCACGAACUCGAGGUCCUUACAAGCAGCAGGGUGGACAGUCUGCAGACUGAGAAGAAAAAUGCAGUCGCCAAACCCAACAAUCAGCCGAGGAAGACGAGCCAAUCUUUAAGCAAAGACUACAAACAGAGCGUCCAGCAAUAUGAGCGUCUACAGAAGAAACUCAAGCAGAUUGUGGUUGCUGAUGCUAGGACGUUUGAGGAGAUGUGGGCGACAGUUGAGGCAGAGGUGAGGCAACUAGCUGAGAGGGCUUUAGAAAUCGACUCGUUGAUCUGCAGGCAGCACUUUGGCGUGGCCUGGGAGCGACCUCCGAUGCCCCUCGCGGCUUCCUCUAGCUCCUUCCACACUGAGAGACAGACCCAUAGACCUGCCCGCCGGGCAGUCUCCCAGCUGUACCACACCGAGCAGUCUCUGCAGCGCAGCAGCCAGAGGACGACGAUGGGGGUCGAUGCCGAGACCGAGAGCGCAGACGUGGACCACGCGUCCAUGGGAGGGACGGCCACUCAGAGCGAAGGGGACGCAGAGCUGGAGGACGGGACGCUGACGCUGGAGACGGUGACAAAAGUGAUGGAGCUGCUGUGGGAGGAAGUGGGCUUCCUGAUGGAGGACGAUCCUACACUGCUGGCUUCCCUGGAGAAGGAAGAACAGACUGCUAUAAAACUUGGUUCUCUUCUUUUUUCUUUUGGCAUUGAAGAGGAAGAUUUACCCAAGUUGGCUCACUUCCUCCUAAAGUACAGACAACAGCAGAGCGAGCAGACAGAGAGAGUCUGUGAUGAGACAGGUGAAUCCAGUGACCAGGCUGCUGCAUUUGAUCCGACCUCUGACCUCAUCCAUCCCAACCAUGUCCUGCCUGCUCUUAAAAGUUUCCUCAAUCAGUACAUGAAGUCCAGGCAAAACUCAUGUCAGUCCAGUGUUGUGCACACAGAGGGUCGGGGUAGUUCAGAGGACAAAGCCUACUGGGAGAGUUUGGGCAAUGUCAUUCCUGAUAGCAAAGUCCAACUCUGGGAAGAAGCAGAGAAGACACUAACACAGUACAUAGUGAUCCUCACAGACAUUUGUGCGCUCGACACUGAGACUGACAGCCUGAGGCAGCAGAACGCAGAGCUGAGGAUGCUGCUGCAACAAUCUCUCAACCCGCAAGUAUGUCAUGUCACCCAUCAAUAGUGGAGAAACAAAUAACAGCAGUGUAGUCUUUAAUAGUGCGAUGCAGUAUGAUAGUCAUUUUAAGGCUGACAGGAUUAUAAUCAGUCAGUUGAUCAUUCAAAAUAAUUUUAAGUGAAUGCCAUGAAUUGGAUGGUUCACGCUGCUGGUACAUAAAUUAAUAACAUUUGGUUUGUCACUUAAAAAAAGACAGUCAUUUUUUAACAAUAUUUUGUCCAAGGUGAAGGUUUUCUGUUUUCCCUCCUCAACAUUACAUCGUUUGAAAAAUAUUGGCUAAAAAAAAAAGCAAUCUUAAAACCUGAGAGUAGAAAUGAAUCUGACAUAUUGUAUUCCCUCACAGGUCAGCUAAGAACUGCACAUAAUCAAUACGGAAUCAGCAGAAUCAGAACAUUUACGGUCAUGUCCAAUGUCCAUGAUCAAUGUCUGUAAAAUUAUUAUUACACAUGUGGUUAAUAAUAAAUCUUCUAUUUAAUCGUA